AUGUUACAUCUGACCCAAGCGCACAAGAAUGCCAUCCGUGGUAUCCGAAAGAUCAAGUAUUUCGUGGCCCGAAGGAAGUUCCAACAGGCGAGGAAACCCUAUGAUGUCCGCGAUGUCAUUGAACAGUACUCUCAGGGACAUCUCAAUAUGAUGGUCAGGAUUAAGGAAUUACAGCGACGGUUGGACCAGACGUUAGGAAAGCCGGGCUCUCACCUGAGUAUUGGCGUCAAAUGCAUACCAAUCGGUACUCGACUCUACCGAAUGGAGCAACAAAUCAAUUUAAUCGAUAACAAAGUGGACAGCAUUUUACAGAUACUCAACAUAUUCAUGGAGAAGGGAAAGCCAUCUCUCCUGAAAAGGACCCAAUCGAUCGAGGAGUCUGUCUGACAGGCCAUCCGCUACUUUCGGUGUAUUUUUGUUAUUUAACUUAUGGUUCACACGAUUUAGUUCAGCACUCGUGAACCCAAAAGCCUUAAGUGACCCACACUUCACGGCCCCGAUAUCUGUUGUAUACGGGACGGGGAUUUGCAACCAUGUUUAUAAAAGACUAAAGAAUAAUAAGGAAUGCCUUUCAGUUAGAAAUUAGUUGAAAAUUAUGUAGGAAAUGGAUGCUAACGGACACCCAUACAACUCAUUUAUACUACUGUGAUAUUAACUCAUA